AUGCAUUGGGAGUGGAAAAAUUGUCCCACGGAAUGGAAAGGGCAAUAUGCACGGGGUCAUGCAAAACCAACAAUCGUUUUAGAGGCCGUCGCGUCGUAUGAUCUGUGGAUUUGGCACGCAUUUUUCGGACCUCCAGGUACUUUAAACGACAUUAAUGUUCUCCACCGCUCACCCGUGUUUGAUGAUAUAUUAGAAGGUCGAGCUCCUAAGGUGUCAUUCUCUGUUAAUGGACACCGAUACAAGAAGGCUUACUAUCUCACAGAUGGUAUAUAUCCGGAAUGGUCGACUUUUGUCAAACCAAUUCCUCAGCCAGGAGAACCGAAAGCAAAAUUAUUUUGUGCCCAUCAAUCGUUUGCCCGCAAAGAAGUUGAGCGCGCUUUUGGAGUCUUACAAGCUCGAUUUGCAAUUGUUAAAAACCCGUCUCUUACAAUGGAUAAGCAGAAGAUAGGGAAUAUAAUGAAGGCUUGUAUCAUAUUACACAAUAUGAUUGUGGAAGAUGAAAGAGACGCUGAAACUCAGUAUAACGAAACGGAAUUUCAACAAGGAGGAGCAGACGGGAGCGGGUCUUCACAAGUACAUCCCCCUGACCGCUUGCCGUCGAAUGUCCACAAUAUUAUGGCUAAUCGAGCUGAUAUUCGUGACCAACAAAAGCAUCACCAAUUGAAAGCUGAUUUGGUUGAGCAUAUUUGGAACAAAUUUGGUUCUUAA